UGUAACUAUUGAUAAGGAGCGAUUCAAUCAAGAAAGUGCAAGGCAGGGGAGACUACGGGGAAUCGGGACUAGACUAUGUUGAACCUGUAAAAAUGUCGCAUCUGCCUAUUUCAGUGAAGAAAUGCAAUAUAGAAAAACCAGCUGAUGAAUGUGCAGAGGCCCAGCCAUACCAGCGAAGCGGACAUUGUUGCGCCACCGAUGGAGUUAAUUUGUAUGUAUUUGGAGGGUACCAUCCAGAAUAUGUCUUUGUCGAUGAUAGGAAUCUGGAAGGAAUAGCAGAGCAUAAGGUAUUCAGAGAUUUGUGGUGUUACAACUUUGCUACAAAGACAUGGUAUGAGGUAAAAACAUCAGGAGUUACCCCUUCAGAGACAGCAUCAAUGUCAAUGAUACUGAGUGGAAACACUUUAAUCUGUUUUGGUGGAACUCUCUACCCAUGGGGGUCAAAGAGCAACAAUAAGAUAAACACCCUCAACCUCACAGAACGCAAAUGGAAAAUACUGGACUGCAACGAUACUAUCCCGGCAAAAUACGGACAGGCCAUGACCCUACAUGACGGAGCCCUCUAUGUGUACGGUGGAUGCAGACGGAUCACCGAGGUGGAUCAUCUGUUUGAUUCAGAGCUUCAUCGUCUAGACAUGAGGACUCAUGAAUGGUCUCUCAUCCUGGAUAAAGACCGGCAGGAGACGGCUACCAUGGCCCAUAUGAGAGGCAUGUACAGACAUGGAUUGGCUUACUGUCAGGACAAACUAUAUGUGAUCGGGAGCAGCUGGGAAGAGCUUACCAGCAUACCUUUAUAUCAGAAGGUACAUGUAUUUGAUAUAGCAGAAGGUAAAUGGUCAUGGCAGACAACAAUACCUACAGAAGACGACCGUUAUCCGCGGAGAAGAGCAUAUCAUGGCUGUGCACAAUGGAAGUCAGAAGUUUACAUGUGUGGUGGUCACGACGCCCGAUACAACGUCAUGGAUGAUAUAUGGUGUCUGCAUCUUCCUGAGCUGAGAUGGGAGCAGUUAUCCACCACUCUACCGGUACCAACCUUCUUUCACUCGGCAGCAAUAACUGAUGCUAAAUGUAUGUAUCUCUUUGGAGGUGUUAAAGGAUUUGCUGGCGGAGUCCACAAUAAUGACCGUGAGCGUACCAGGAUCAUCCAAAAGAUUUGGCUUGCCAUCCCUUCUCUUUCUGAACUCUGCUGGCAACAUGUUCUGGAUCUUUGUCCAGACAUGGCUAAGCUUUCCAAAGAGGACCUGUUUGGUCUGGGGAUACCAAGGAUUUUCACAGAAAGAUUAAAACCAGUUAGAUGAAAAUUAAUAGACCAUAGUUUUCCUUCUGGAGACUAUGAAAGAUAUAUGGUACUAAAUCCAGCUGACGUAGAUAAUACAUAUAUGUUGAUUACAGAAUGUUUAUUGUCCUUUAAUUAUGUUGUAUCCUGCUAUGCGAGAUGUGCAUGACACCAUGCUAUUGUUUACAAAUAUUAAAGAAUAAACUUAUUGACAAACCAUGCUCAAGCAAUGAAUGAUGGCGGACUAAUGAAUAUUAGAAGUCAGAAUGAAUCAGGAGAGCUUAGGUAUUUGUUUCUAGUUCAUCAUGACUGUGCCAUGGACCAGUUAUGGCCUGGUGGUAGAGUCGUUCCCCGGCAAGCAGUAAAUCAGGUUCAAACCUUUCUGGUUCAAAGAUUUUUCUGACUGUUUUCAAUUAUAGAUCAAUCAAUUGAUCUUUAUUUACUGAGUGUAAGCCACAAAUAUGUUUAAACAAUCUUUAGUUUGAUAGCUUGAUCACUGACUACCACAUUUAUUGGUGGACUUGCUUGCAGUGUUGUCUGAUUGUUUGGCUUCUAUUAUAGACACAAAGUUGUGAUCACACCAAAGAUGUUUAAACAAUCUAGUUCACUGCAGUUCAGUUCAGUUCAGUUGAUUUAGUUAUGGAGCUUACAAUCUACCAGCAGUCGUUUUACAGAAAAGCCAAAUGCCCUGGCGGUCAGUGCGAAUGAACGCUUAGAAUGUUUUGUUCAAUAAUUUGUAUGCUCCUUACCUUAAACAAUCAUCGUCACCUAGACAGUUGAGCACUUACUUGCACAAGGAAUUUCUAGAUGUUUGGAAGGUGAGCCAUCAAACUGAUGAAACAUUGCCAAAGAUUGAGGAAAAUUUGUCAGUUUUAGAGCGAUCACGCUUUUUGGGAGACCCAAAUACAAGAUUUUUACAAUGUGUUUAUUUAUUUUCUUUUUGCGAUGAUACUAUCAUACAAUCUAGUGAGUUGCCAAUUAAAAUUCAAGACCUUUCAGUCAGUGUGACAAAUUUCUUUAUUUUUUAUAUUUUAUUUUUUAAAUUAUUGUUAUAGAAAGAUUACACUUCUUUUCUCACAAGCAUCACCCCCACAUUGGAGCUUUUAUUUGAAUUUGAAAUCUUUGUUUAUUUUGUACACAUGUGAUUGUGAAGCUGCAAAAUUGAUUGUGAUUGUAUUUAAUGAAAACGUUUCUAAAAAUGAAUAAGGAUGUGAGGUAGAUAUCACGCUUUUCUCUGUCAGUUUGAUAUCUAUUACUUCAGAACAGGAUGACCUUAGUGGUAAUUAAUGAUCGGAACUCUUUUAAUUGAAGUUUAAUGGAUUAUUAUAUUAUUAUACAAUAUGAAUGUAUUACUUUAUGUCCAGUGUGUGAUAUCCAAUGUUUAUUGAUAAAAAUGAUCAUUUAUAUAUCUAUUUUUUAAUUAUAUUAAUUACUUUGAAGUAGACCUAUUAUUGGUACAUGUACUCUGGACAAUACUUAAUCAGUACACAAGUCUUGUGGAUGACAAUAUGAAUUGGGUAAUGAACAUGAUAAGCCUUUUGUAUGAUUAAUAUUCUGUGUUUUAUCUCUGACAAAUAGGUCAAAUGCUGCAGUAGUAAUUUAACAAGUGAGUAAUGGACAAAACUGUUAAGUGCAUGAUACAAGAUAUGAAAUCAUAUGUACAUUGUGUUUGUUUGUGUAUGCAAGUGAACUCUAAAGUGCUACUUGCAAGCAUAACUUUAAGCCUACCGUAAUUGGUUUUAGACAAACAUAUAUUUGAUUCAGUAAAACCUUUUUUCCAAACUGCAGUGUCCCUAAUUUGUUGAAUUGUCAGCAUUAGUAAAUAGCUAAUGACUGAAAAUGCAAAGACCAGUAACUUUUGUCACAGAGUAUGUAACAUAAAUUUCAGUGAAACAUUUUCCUAAUAUCAAAUCUUGUUCAAUGUCAAAUUAUGUUAUAUCAUUUUGAUAACUUCUUGAAAUGUUUUAUGUUUAUUGUUUUGUUAAUUAUGAUUGAUUUUACUCUACUUGAAGACUAGAAAUUACAGAACAUUGUUUAGCAAUUUGGGUGAUCUUGCAAUUCAUGAACUAGAAAAUAAAAAAUACUUUUCAAAGGCUUUAAGUUUAUUGAAACAUGGUGCUGCUUUUAUGAAAAAUAGUAAUAAGUUGCCUAUAUUAUGUGUAUAAACUAUCUUACAACUCAAUGUGUUUCUAGUACUGUAUAUUUAGGUACAAUAUGAACUAUUAUGGUGUUUUGUAAAAGGUUAUGUCUAAUUUGCAAACAAAAUAAACCAUUUGUUUAAAACUACCUGAUAA